UUUAUAACGCAUGAAAAUGCAUAAGAUUUUUGGUGUUUGAUUUUCCACAGCAGCAUUAUUUUCCUCUUUUUUUAUUUAUUUAUUUAUUUAUUUUUUGAUCGUUUUAAAUACCACAUCAAACGUUAGAAAUGCGCACAACAAAUUCAAGAGAAUUAGCCGAAAAUAAAUAAAAGAAAAAAGGCAAAAAAUAAAUAAAGAAAAACAAUGAAAACUAAAUUAAAAAAAAAAAAACGAUAAAAUGAGAAGAAAAUAAUUAAUAAAGAUGGCCACAACGAUUUUAAAUCUAUUACAACGUGAAAAAUGUGAAAAGUUAAGCAAAGAAAAAUUGCAGUCGUCAGCAGAAGGAGGCAACAGCACCGGCAGCGGCGGAGGAGGAGGAGGAGGAGGAAAAAAUAAUGAACACAAGAGGAAAAGUGUAGCAGUAGAUGAGAAUCAAAAUCGAAAUAAUUUAAACAUAGUUGCGACAUGCGCCCUAGCUGAUGAUGACUCUUUGGUGGCUGGUGGGGGUAUUGGUGGUAGUAGUAUACCGACGCAAAGGCGUCGAAGAUCAUAUGUUUUUGCUACUCUUAAAGAUGUUAUUGCUCUGGUAAAUGCCGAGGAGAAUAACACUACACCCACAAAUCAGCAACAACAACCACAUAACGAAGAGCAUAAUAAUAUAAUUAAAAAUGUAGAAAGCCCCCCCUAGCACCGAUCGAAUUGA